AGAAAAUCUGGGUGCACUUCUAAAAAAUCAGAUGAAAUUAGAGAGGAUAGAAACAAAUAAAUAUCAUACAAUAUCUACAACAGAGAUUAUAUCUUAUAAACAUCACUUUUAUACUUUUGGUAAAGGAGAUUGUAUUAUCUGUAAAUGGUCGUUUGAAGGAGAUGAGGUUAGAUUAAUUAAUGAAGAAGGCAAUAUUUAUGGAGAUGAUACUGGAAUUGUUCUUGCUAAGUUGUCGUCAGAUGGUAAACAUUUAUUCACAGUUAAUGAGGAUAGAAUACUAAGUAUGUGGAAUACGCAAAUAUUUGUAAUAGCUAGAAUAUGGCAUGAUAUUGUUAUCAUGGAUUUCCAACUGCUAGAAACAAGUGAAAUCAAAAAUAAUGGAACUGAAGGGAUGAAAUUGGUUAUUCUUACAAAAGACACUAAAAGUUCUGUAUUAUCUGUACAAGAGCUACCAUCUUUAAAUACUGUCUAUACAUUACAAUUAAAUGAAUUUACCUAUAUUGCCAAUUGUAAUCCCUACCAGGAAUCAUUGUAUGUAGCUGAAGGCUGUUGUGAGGAAAGUAAUUCGACUACUAUAGAAACAAUAAGAUAUAGAUGUUUAACUGAAGCUAGACCAGAAACAAGAUUGAGUCGAUUAUUAAACAAGAAAUUAUUUGAGCAAGCUGAAGAAUUUGCAAAGAAAUUUAAUCUAGAUGUUGAGCUGGUGUAUGCUGUUAAAGUUCAUGAUAUCUUAGAUCAAGUAGCAUCAUGGAAUAGUAGCAACCAUUCUUCUGAAUCUAUUGACAAUAUGAUAGAAGACCUAUGGCGAUGUUUAGAUCUGAUUACAGAUGAUCUGCAGAUUGCUGAAUCUUGUAUGAAGGCUGCUUUACCAACAUAUCACGAGACAAACAAACUUCUACAAUACUGUAAAAAUAGGUUGAUAAAGUUGGCAUCAACAAAGCCCUCACCAGAAACCGCACAAAGACAACAGAAUCUACUAACAGAAGUUUUAGAAAUUUUACAUAGAUUUCUAACCUAUAGAAUAAUAUAUGGUAUUGAUGAAUACAGUGCAUCUGAUUGGGAUAUUUUUAUGAAUGCUAAUCUAUUAAAGAAUAGUAUUAAUGCACUUAGUAGAGGUCAACAACAUAUAACCAUAACUCUCUGGAAGAGACACAAGACGGAAUGGAACAAAAUGAUGAAUGUGAAAGUGAUUCAACAGUUGUUGCAUACUAUACCAGUUGAACUUUAUGCUAAUGAACUAAUUGAUUGGUUUAAGGAUGAUCUUAUACCUUACAUAAGUACAACUAUUCCCUUAGCUAUGAAAUUGGUGGUUAACUGGAUUCUAGAUAAGAUUACCAACAUGGAACUUUUAGAAAAGAAAGGCUGGCCUUUAAAUGCUCUGCAAUUCGGACAAACGUUAUAUAAGAAAAUUAGUGAAGUUUUACAGAUAAAUCUAACAGAUUCUGUUUCACCUGCUGAUAAUGCUGCUAAGACAGAGAUAAACAGUAAAUAUGAUGUUCAGCCAUUAUGUUCAAUGGUGAUAGAUUUACAAAAUCUCUAUAAUCUAGAGAUUAAAAACAGUUGUCGUCUGUCACUAGCUCAGUUUCAACAGGAAACAACAGAAUCUAUAACAUUUCGUAUGUUAGAUCAGAUAAAAGCUGCAGAAUUAAUCGUACCAGCCUUGCAGAGACAAAUUAUUCCAUAUCUAGAAGAACAUGAUUUAGAUGUAGAUUAUAUUUUAUCACGAUAUGUGAAGGAUCUGGUGGAGAGAUGUGGACAUAUUCGACCAACUUUAGGAACAUCUUUAUGGGAAUCUAAAACAGAGGCAAUUAUUGGUGUUAUAAAAGAUAAAAGAGAAAAAUGUUUAGCAAUAUUAGAUAUUAUGAGGAUAGCACCACUACCAUGGACGGAAGAUACAGAAAAAAUGAUUCAAUCUGGACUAAAACUUAAUCAUCCCAUGGUGGUGGAAUUAAAAGAACAAUGUCGAUUGGUAGAAGUGAAAAAACUAAUGUACAAAUAUGGUUUGAAGAAUAUGGAAGUUCCAUCUCAAGACAAGGCUGCGCAUCUAAUAAAGUAUAUGUUAAAAAGAGAUUUACCUACAGCAGUAGAAGAUGCUAUAAAAGUAUCAGAGGCAUUAGAAUUAACAUGUAAAGUGGAAUUAUAUAAAGUUAGAGCUUUAUUCCUUAUAGAAGAAAAUAGGAUAUCAGACUAUGUUAAGUUACUACGAUCACUACCAUCAGAUCUAGCUACUUCUACAGGUCAACAUAUAGUCAACUAUACUCUUCUACUAGAAGAUACUAAACUAGAAUAUUUUGAGGUAUCAAGGCAGAAGAAGAAAUCAUAUACAGAAGCUGCUGUAGCUACAGCAACAUAUCUACAGACAUUAGUUCAUGAUGCCAUGGAAAUAGAUGAAUGGAAGAAUCUACAAAAAAUAUUUCACAAUAUACUAGCAUUACAGUGUGAAUAUGGAGAGUAUAUGACAGUUGAACAAUAUAAAGAUGAAAGUUAUAGAGAAGAUGUUAUAUUUAUAUCACAUGCUGUUAAAUUCUUCACAGCCUCAUCUUCUACAGAUAAUAACAAGAAAGCUGUCAAUUAUUUUGAAAUCUACAGAUUAGCCGACUUGUUAAUGAUACCACGAGUCAAGUUUCAGAGUCGACUAGCUGUAUAUGCAGCCAAUAAAGGUGAUAUCAGUACAGCAGUUAAUCUGUGCAAUAAAUUAUUUGACUGCGAUCCCUCACCAGUGAAAGAAAAAGCUAUAUUUCAAGUAUGUCAAGCCUUUAUCAAAUUAUUGUCAGAUUGUGAUAUGGAAUUAGAUGAGAUACGUACAUUACCUGAAAUAGCUUAUCAACUCGCAUCUCAAGCACUUACAGAAUGCUCACAAGACAGACUAUGUGAAUAUUUAGAGCUUAGUAAAUCAACUCAUCUAUUAACUAGUAUCAGUAAUGAAUGUGAAGCUACAGGACUAACACUGAUAAAUAAUAGAAAUACCAGAAAACCGAGUGUAAGUGGAAAGAGUAAAGAUGACAGAUAUAAAACAUGGACGUUUGAUACAUCAUUUAAAGAAGAUUCACUUGUCAUGAAUUCAGCUAUUGUUUUACCAUUAGUAGCUAAUUUCCUAAAAACCAAUCCAUUCUUGAAAAUAGAAUCCGUAGAACAAGCUGAUUCUAGUAUGUUAGAAUCCUGUUUUAAUGCAUCCAUACUUUUAAUUCAACACCUAAAAGGAAACAGCCAUUUUGAAUUAACUUUCAGAAUUGUGAUGUAUAUCAUCUCUAUGGAGAUGCAGAUUCUUGAUGUGAGCUUCCUAGAAACUAAGGACGAAUUAGCAACCUUGAUCAAAAAAAUUGAAAAAGUAGAGCAGAAGUAUUUCCCUUUGAUUAAAGAAUUAUUGUUUGGAAUUCUGGCAAAGUUGUUUAACUGUACAAAAGUUGACCACAAAUUAGGUUUGGCCUGUUUUCUUACAUUACCCAACAAGAUAUGUACGGAAACCAUGAAGAAAAUGAUGUCAUCUGCUGGGCUAAAUUAUAAAAAAUUGAUGGCUGUAGCUACAGUGGGUAUUGGAGUUGGUGAAAUAUAUAAUGAUCCUGCGAUAAUACAAAUUUGUCAACAACUUGAGACUAAUGGUACUUGGGGUCAUAGGUUAGGUAAAUUCAAGAUUCCUUUCAAAGAUGCUUUUACUGGUGGAUUUACUGAAAAAUUAAAAGUUAUAACCCAGUUUGCGCAGAGUGGGGUAGCUGAUGUUGACACCAUUAAACAGUUUUGCAAGGCAUUUAAUCUUGAAAGAGAUGAUGGUUUAUAUGUGUAUUUAGAAAAUGUUUUAACUAAAGAAAAUUCUGUCUGGGAUGUUGAAGAUACCAAGAAAUUACGGACAAGGUUGUCCAAGGCUAGCGAGAUUAUUGAAGCUGUUAAAGAAAAGGGAACUCUCAGAAAAAAGUUGAAACAGAUUCUUCUGAAGACAAGUUUAUAUGAUUAUGAAUCAUUAGAGUUUAUACUGACAGAACUUAAUAGAUUUGAUGUUGAUCCAAAUACUCAACAGGGUUUAGAAUUGUUACAUUAUUUAAAAGUUUAUAAGAGACGUGGAACUCCAUCAGAAGAAGAAUUAAAAUAUGAUUCAGACAAUGACCGUUUAGAGCUUUCAACUGUAUUAGGUACAAUACCAGCGAUAGGAAAGACAAGAAUGCCUUAUCAUCUUCUCAUGGGUGAGAAGUCAUGGAAUAUAAUCACUCCAGAGUUAGAUAGCAGUUCAGUUAAAAUGUGGAUACCUAUUGCCCAUGUAUUGAAGCUAAAAGUAGAUGAGAUUUAUCUAAUAGCUGUACAGAACAUGGUGAUAAAACAUGUAGCAUGUCAAAAGUCAGAAGUGAAACAGGCAGAUAGUGCAUCUGCUGAUAAAAGUAAAUGUAAUUGGAAUUUUGAUGAAAGGAGUAUUCGAUUUUUAGACAGUAUAGAAGCUUUAUUAUCUAAUGUUAGUGAAAUUAGCCUAGUUCUUGCUUGUUCAUCUUGGUUGGUGAGAGAACUUCCUAUGGGAGGUGAGAAGAUUCUAGGAUUAAGGUGCAGUGUCAAGUUUGCAGAAAAAAUGAAACAUAGUUGUAAAGAUGAUGAUCAUCCACAAAAAAAGAAAGCAGAACAGGCUUAUAUUAAGUUUUCUACAGUUCUUAAGAAACUUUCAACACAAAGAGUACUGUUUUAUCAUAAUAUUACUGAUCCAGAUAUAUUAAAGUUAUCUAAUCAACCAUCAGAGUUAAUAAAUAAACUAUAUGAGUUACCGUGUGUUACAGCUGAUGCAUUAGAUGUCUCCAUUGAAAAACAUGAUGUUAAUACUAUGGUAAAAGAAAUAGUAGAAAUUCAUGGAUUAAAUCUGAGAAAUAUUUGUAUGUCAUUAAUAGAAAAAUGGCUGCCAUCGUCUGCUUCAAAACAAAAUGAAGAUGCAACUUGUACAUUUAGUUUUAACAGUUUUAAACUGUCUGAUCAACCUGUUGAAAUGGAUGAUGAUGAUGCAAAUUUAAAGAGAGUGAUGUAUAUAUUACAAAAGAAUGCUUUGAAAGAAAAUGCCCUUUAUUUAUAUAAUUUUGCUGAGAGUAAUAAUUCUACUAUCACCAGUCUUUGUAAGGCACGAGCUUUACUGUGUUUGUUGAAAAUAGUGGAUGAAAUAACAAUAAAAGAAACAUGGUCAGUUUCAAUACAAGAUGUAAGGCAUAAGUUGAGGAUUCGAAGUUACUUGGUAGAUUUAAGUGAACUUCAUAUUCAACACUCUGCAUCAACAUUUGAAGAAUGUAACAAAGAAGGUUUAGUAAGAGGAAUCUGGAAAAAUCAUAAUCAUCAGAAAACUGGUAUUCUAUUGGUAUGUGCCUUGUGUUUAGAUUAUAACAUCAACAGUCCACCAUUAUGGGAUGGUAUUCUCAAACAACUAUUUUUGCUCAGUAAUUUAAAGAAUUUAGAAUAUGUGUUGGUGCGACUUUCAGCUGUGGCUAAUGUUUGGUCUUUACCUUAUUAUACUAAAGCCUGGCAACACUUGUUAUCUUCUUCACUCUCUCAAGUUUCAGCUCCACUUGAUGACAGUCAAAUAGAAGAAUGUCUUCAUUAUUUCAACCUUCUUUACCAAUGUCCAGUUACAUGUAAUUUAAACUUACAACAGCUAGCCCAACAAUAUGAAAAUCUAGAUCUUGAUAUCUGUGCUGCUGCCUGUUUACUGAUGUCACCUGAUUCUGAUAGAGAUUGUGUUAAGAGUGUAUUAAGAGGUAGUAAGAGAGAUUAUUUAGAGAAAAUAGAGACAUUAACUAAACUAGGAAUGACUAGUAUAGCAGUUACACUGGUUCGUGAAGCUGUUUUUGCAAUGAUAUUAGAAGAUGAUGACUAUGUUGCUGUUAUUGAUUCUCCUUCAGAGAAAUCUUUUUUUGUUUAUGUCAUCAAAAAUGAUCAAAUUAAUGGUUUGCUGGAAUUCGCCCUUAGCAACGAAAGAUUAAAGGAAGCUAAAGCACUGUUUCAACUGUAUAUCAACUCUAAUAAUAAAAUGAUGAAUGAUGUGAUGAACUAUAUGGCUAAAAAUGGUGCCAACUCAGAAAUGGAGGCUUAUCUGAAAAUGCAAGACAUCACAGUACUGGGAAUUUGACGAACUGUAAUGAACAACUGACAGAAGUAGGCAUAUAUACCUAAGGAUUGAAGUUUGUAUGAUAAAUAUAUUAAAUUAUAAUUUGAAUAUUUAGUUAUAUUUAACAGACAUUUUUAUUUUUCCUUCACUUUCAUGUCCAGUACUUUCUCUCUAAAAUGGAUCCCAAUUAAUUCAAAAGAAUUCGAAUUCCAUUCUUUUUUUUUUGUCCAUAAUUUUCUUAUGCAAGAUAUAUAUACAUGUAGAUUGGUCAUAUUUGGAUAAAUUAUUUGUGUAUAUAAAUAGAUAUAUAUUUAUUGUAUAAUUAGAUAGUGCUGUUAUUAUAUAUCUAAAGCUUGUGGAACAAUAUUCUGAUACUCAAUAAAUAUUGUUAUAUCAUUAUACAGUGUUGGUGUAUCAUGUAUAAGUUUGAAAUUUAUUAAACCCUUUUGAUAUAAUGAUAUUGUAUUUCAGUAUUAAAAGACAAAAAACAGAUUUCUUCUGGGGUUUUUUUUUGUUUCUUUUAUGUUCCUACAUUGUAAUGAUAAUUGUAUGGUGGGGUAUGGAUUGUGAUGCAAUCAAUAUAAGGUAUAGUUGCUGCCCUAUAUGGGUGCUUAGUGCCAAGUUUUCCUGAUAUAAAGCAAAAUACAUUUUUCAAAAAAUAUUCCCCCAACCUAUACCUUGCCUAUCCAUAAAUAGAAAAAAUAUUUUUGAUAAAACAAGUCAUUGGUGGGAUGUUAUUAAACAAAUUUGAAAUUCUAUAGAUAUGUGAAUAUUAUCGAUACAUUAAAA